AUGGACCCCUUCCAUGGCCUCCCUACGUUGGUUCUAGACGAGGUCUUUUUCCACCUUGGGGAUGCCAUAAGCAUCACGCAGUUGACAAGAGCAUCAGCAUCGAUGUUGUCAUACUGGGGUCAAUACGGACAGGGUAUCACUCGCCGCAUUGUCAAAGAUAUCCUCUCUGUGGACGAUUCUAAAUGUCUGAUGGACGAUGCCUUGCGAAUCCUGGAUAUCCAGAAUGCACCCAUGGCUAGGGAGUACUACAGCCAGGUGAAAUUCAUGGAGCCGAGGAAAUUGAAGCGGACGAAAGUACACUGGCCACUCUUCUCGUUAUUAUCUCGGUUGAUCAGUUUCAUUGUUGACUUCGUUUCCAAAGCGGCGAGUCCCAACUUACCAAGGGCCUACCUUGGCAUUCCUGACUCGAUGGGCAGAGGAAGCUAUUUCAAAGGGAGGGAUUUAGGUCACCCGAGAAUUGAAUUCGCAAACUUGACGACCUCUGAACAUCACCGGUUUCUGCGCGCCUUCCUCAGAUAUGAGCUGCUUUGUAAUAUCUAUCAUCCUGCGGCUUGGAACAUAUAUGAGAAACAGGGCAUGUAUGCCAAAGUUAUGUCCGGCAUCGGAGACCACGGAGCUAUGGAUCCAUCAUACGAUCAACUACUUCAAGGACAGAAUGUGUAUCUACACAGAGCGGAUAGGCUAUCGAACGCCAACAUCGCGUUAUACCAAGGUGGCAAAUCCGAUGCACCAGCUCCUCGGUGGUUAGAACUACACAGCCUUCAACUCCGUAUCUACCGACAACGGGCCUGGGGACUUCUAGACGACGACAGACUGUACCCUGGAAGGGAACGUCAACUCCCUACUUUGGACGAGCUGAGUGACCUAGAAGAGGCAUUCGGAGAGAAUGGACAAACGGAUUGGGGCCUUGAGCGUUGUCGAAGACGAUCGCAGAAGUGGCAUGACUACGACACAUACGGAGACCUUCUAGAACGCCCAUCCGAACCUUGGAACGACGAAGACGAUGAUGUAGAGAUGCUUGUUGGGGACUUUGACCAGAUGGAGAACAUCAUUGACGGCUCAUACAUGGACGAAAGACCAGUAUUGCAGUCUACAUGCCCUAUGUAUAAGACAAUGAGAGAUGGGUAUGUCAAACUAGGCAGAAUGUCGCUUCCAUUUAAGCUGGCGGCAUCUCGCGACCUCUCUUCUGGUUCAUCGACCCGAUCUUCCACCCCACCUCCUCCCUAUGCUCCCUUCGCCUCCCUCCUCGCCUGA